GGAGCCAGAACCGACAGUUUAUUGAUAAAAACCUUUUUGCCUGAUAUUUUCUCCCUGAUACUGGCAACAUCUGCAGUUUGUAUCUUCAUUAUCCAAACACAUUGAGAUGUUUAUUAAAUUUAAGUGACUUCUGCUAUUCAAUAUCCGACUUCAGCUUUAAGAUGAAACUUGACUGAAUGGAAAUUUUUGGUGUUUUAUGCACUCACUGUAGGUUGAUUCUUCUGUUUAAAACCCCCCGCUUAUCCACACACAAUGAUUGUUUGAGCGAAAAUCAUUACAAAAAGUAUUUUUUUGUGUGUGUGGUAAAAGUGUAGUUAUGUAAUUUUUAAAACUAUUUUAGUAUUUUUUGUGUAUUGAUAACUAUUAGCAAAACCAUGGCUUUACAUUGAGUAACUAUGGUUUUUGAAAUCAUGAUUAUUUUGUGGUAACCGUGGUUUUACUACAGUAACCAUGUUUUUCUUUAACUGUAGUAAAACCAUUGUUAAUUUUCCUAAUUUAGGAAUUUGUGAUUAUUAUAAUAAGUCAAGAUAUGGGCUGUGUGAUGAAACUGAAGAAUAAAGUCCCACUGAUGACAUUAUGGGCUGUGAUGACAAAGCGCGUGAUCGCAUCUGUGACCUGUGAUCAAACUCAAUCAAAGAUGCGAUAAUCAGCGGAAAUUGACCUGUGACCAGGCAGAAACCACAGCAGAAAUCUUUAGUUUGGUUUUAUCAUGCGCAUGUUAAUCCAGGUCGGAUCCAUGCUAAUAUAAAGCGCUUUUGUUAAAACUCUGGUGUGGAUCGCUUUCAGUUAAUUGUAGGUCUGUCAGUAAUCGAGGUCAGUGUUUGUUUUAAUAGCAAAAAUUCCGCUGGUAAAAAGAAAACAGGUUGCGUAUUAUUUCGAGCGCGUUAGUUGUACAGAUAAACAGGAAAGUUUUGCGCAGAUUUCGCUUAGUCACUGCGUUACUCUAAUGGAUACCAAAUCCACGCUAUUAUAUGAGUCCACUGGCAACAAAGGGAAACGACCAUAAAGAGCCAUUGACCAGUGAAACAUGAGCUUGAGUCAUUGAGACGCAGUGAAGCUUCACAUCUGAAAUGACUGAAACACCGUAAAACCAGCAGUUGCGCGUGCACGUGGAGUUCAGGUCUAGAUGGAUGGAUUAAUGAAUGGACGAAUGGUGACGUUUAUUACAGCACUUGGCACGUGAACGCUUCUCAGAAGAUCAGGUUUGGUUCUCAGUGAAUUCUUGGCAUCGUCACUUCAUCGAUUUCCCUGAAACUUACAGCCGAACGUAACCCAAUCUGUGUUAAUCUGUGCCUCUUUCUAGAAGCUUUAUAUGAGCGCGCACUGUUCCUCACUCGGACGUAUAUGAAAUAUGUGUGGAGGAACGGCCAGUGCGUCUGAUCUCUGAGAAGGACCUAAAGCGCGCGCGCACCCGAAUACCAUCGGCACCAUGGUGGAGCACAGCGGCCUGGACAUCAUGUUUUUAAACAAAUACAGUCCCGGCUCCUCGUCGACAUCCUCAACAGAAGCGGAAAAUAAAUUUUUCUCCAAGCUCAAAAUGAGUUUGAUCAAGAAAUACCCACAGAAGAACGCGGAGACGCUGAGCGCGCAGUACGGCACCAAUCUGCUGUUGGUCGGUGUGUCCUUAAUGCUCGCGCUCGCCCAGCGCGGUCCGGCCGUGAAAGAGGAACACCUGCUCACCUUCAUCACGGUACUGAUGCUCGUGCAGCUCGUGUGGAUGCUGUGCUACAUGAUCCGGAGGGAGCGCGAGCGCAGUCCGGUGCCGGAGAGAGACGCGCACGCAGGGACCAGAUGGAUACGAGGUGGACUGACGAUGCUGGCGUUGCUGUCUCUGAUCAUGGACGCGUUUCGCAUCGGUCACUUUGUGGGCUAUCAUUCGUGCGUUUCCGCGGUGCUCGGGGUUUAUCCCAUCAUCCAUGCGCUCCACACCAUCUCUCAGGUUCAUUUCCUUUGGUUCCACAUCAAAGAUGUCAUUAAGAAAUAUGAAACAUUUGAAAGGUUUGGAGUGAUUCACGCUGUCUUCACUAACCUGCUAUUGUGGUGUAACGGAGUGAUGUCAGAAGCUGAACAUUUUCUCAACAAUCAAAGGAGGAGAUUAACUGCACUGGGAUACACAAAUUACACUCCAGCGGAGCCAGAGCAUAAUUGUAACUGCAGCACAAGUAUGUGCUCCAUGUUUACCUCUAGCCUCUACUAUCUGUAUCCCUUCAACAUCGAGUAUCACAUCUUUGUGUCGGCGAUGCUGUUUGUCAUGUGGAAGAACAUCGGUCGCACCCUGGACCACCACAACAACCGUAAGCGGCCCUCGACUCGCACCUCGAUUCUGCUGCUUGGCCCGAUCCUGGGUCUGCUCGCGCUGGCCAGCUCCAUCACGGUGCUGGUGGUGUACCUCAUCCACGUUGAGAAGUCCUCGCAGACGCGUGAGGCAGCCGUUUCCAUGUUCUACUGCUACGGGGUGGUGAUGAUGGCCUGCAUGUGCGGAGCCAGCGGAACGGGACUGCUCAUUUACCGGCUGGAGGACUGGCCGAUGGAUACGGGGAAAAACCCAUCCCGCCAGCUGGACUCGGAGCUGUUGAUGGGGUCUUCGUUGGGUUCAUGGCUGAUGUCGUGGUGCAGCGUGCUGGCGGUCGGAGCGAGUCAAAGUUCUCCGAGCUAUCGAUGGACGUGUCUGGCCUACUCGCUUCUGCUCAUUUUGGAGAAGUGCGUCCAGAACCUCUUCAUCGUAGAGUCCCUGUACCGCAGAUGCAGAGAACAUGUGGGGAGCGAAGACUGUCCUGGAAUGGUGCCCGAGAUCUUCUCUGUCACAGGGUCGAUGGUUCCCCCGUACGACGGCAUCGUAAACAGGGCAUACGAGACGCAGGACAAGUGCUGCGCUUCUAUGGAGGGGGAGCAGCCCAAGAAACGGCAGGUGUGCAGCAGGAAUAAUUCACUUCCUGUUGGAAAAAGCCUCAAUGUGACACCUGGAAGAAAUCGACAGAUUCUGAAGAACAUCACCAUCUUUCUCUUCAUGUGUAAUAUCUCGCUUUGGCUGCUCCCGGCUUUCGGCUGCCGUCCGCAGUACGACAACCUUCCGGAGCAGGAGAUGUUCGGCUUUAGCGUUUGGAGCACCGUGCUGAAUGUGGCCAUCCCUCUAAACCUCUUCUACCGGAUGCACUCUGUGGCGUCUCUUUUUGAAGUUUUUCGGAAGGUUUGAGCGUGUUGAGGACAAUAUGCAUUCUCGUAUCUGUCUGUUUUUGGUGCUUACAAAUACUGUAUAUACACACACACACACAUACACGCAAUUUAGUCAGGCUGCAGAGAAGCACACUCUCAUUCAGAGUUCAUUCAUAAUGAUUGACGUGUGUGUGCGUAACGAGCCAUAAUGAAGAUCAAAUCAGGUUCUCAUGGUUUCAUUGGCUGUUAACAGACUCUUAAUAACUGGACUUUAAAGGAUUAAACCUCAAGCCAUGAAGUUUUCCCACCACCACCACACACCCUCAUAUAUGUUUACAUGCCCAAACACAGAUUCACUGAAUCACACAGCGACAUGUUUAAACAUCCCCUGUCAAAUAUGAGCAGAAAUGUAGUUAAAAGAUAAUGGAAGAUAGUUCUCAUAUUGAGUUAUUGAAUGUUGACAUUAUAAUCAUUGUGCAGGAAAGUAUCAUAACAACUUGUCUUUACUACAAUAUGUUUGCAAUAAAAGUACAUUUUCUUUCUCCAUUCUAUUCAGAUAUACAGUCAAUAUUCUCAGUGAUUAAACUUGCAUAGAAAUCAGCGUUUAUUUGUGAAAUAACAUUGUGUAGAAAUCCUGUGAAUGGAGUUCAUUUUUAAUGCUGCUUUAUAAGCAAAAUAAAUGCAGAGUUUAUGAACAUUAUUGAUUAUGGGGUGCAAAGUUUCAUGAAGUUCAGGUAAAACAGCAUUAUAACAAUGUAUAACAUGCUUUAAACACAGUAACAUGUCUUCAGUAAUGUGUGUUUCUCUUGUUUUAACACAAAUGUGUUUUUGAAGACAAAGGUAAGAAAUUAGAUUUUAUUUAGAUGGGACUUCUGAUGGAAUAAAGAAUUCUGGUGUUGGCUGGAAGUGAAAGGUUUGUGAUUGGGUGGUUCAGCUGCAAUUAAAUUCAGAUGUUGGCGAUGUUCUCCAAAUAAUAAAUAAAUAAAUUGACUAUAAAAUCUACUUUAGGUGUCACUUUGCCGAGGCAAAAUGAUUAAAUAUUCUGUCUGCCUCUCACUCUGUCUGUAACUUUAUUCGUGUGUCUCAUUAGUUAAAUUAAAUCGGCUCUUCUUUCUUGC